UUCCGUGUACAUUUUUUUUCAUUAUGGAGUUUGUUUAUAUGUAUAGUAUAUGUGCCUAUAUAGGUCGGAAUGUAAAAAUGCCUGGGCAGUCGAGAUUCGAAAUUGUGCCAUUGACGCAAUGACGGACUUCAGCUGUUCAAAAUCAAGAAGAAAUGGCUCGCAUUGGCCAUCUUUCUCCAUUUCCCGAAAUUGCGCGAAUUGCCGAGCUCACGUAACAUGGUUCCUGCAGUAGGAUAUGUUGGCUUUCCUCACGAUUCCGUUUUCCGUUAGAUGCUAAGGAAAUUCGUCGUUAGUAAUGUCGCCGUGGAUGCCUUGAAUUAUGCCAAAUUGACCACACUGCAUUGGAUUGAACACACUAACUUCCACCAAUUACAAGACAGCAAGCAAAUUCGUUAUUUUGAAACAGACGAGAUAUCACCUUUUCAUCUAACAAGAAGUGUAUUUAUUCCCAUAAAGAGUUUCUUGGUUAUUCCACACCAAAUCGACCGCUUGAUUGCUAAAGAUUACAACGUGCAACAUUCCAGGUAAUACCUUGAGAUAGCAGCAAUGCUAAAGAACAAAACAGCAAAUCCUCAACCACAGGUAAUUUCACAAGUGUGUAACAAUUUGAAACAAUUAAGUAUAUCUAAAGUGUCACCUGUAUUGAGUGAAAACACAUUAAAUAAUACCGGAAAUAUAGAAAGUGCCACAAGUCACUGUAAUAUUUAUUUGAAAAAGAAUAUACAAGACGAAAACAGUAAAAAGAAGUCUACAGAAUUGAUGCCACCACCAAAAUUACCUUUAGUUUCUAAACCAAUAGUGCAAAGUAAAACUAAUGAUGAUAAUGAUAAAGAAAAUAGAGAUGAUAAAAACCUAAAUGUUGAAAACAGCAAAGAACAGAAUAAUGUGAAAAAUAAAAACCAGAGUGAAAAGAAAUGGGUUUUAUCAGAUUUUGAUAUUGGACGUCCAUUAGGAAAAGGAAAGUUUGGUAAUGUUUAUUUAGCUAGAGAGAAAAAAUCAAAAUUCAUUAUUGCUAUGAAAGUGUUAUUUAAAAAGCAAAUAGAUAAAGCUGAUGUAGAACAUCAAGUUAGAAGAGAAAUAGAAAUUCAGACACAUUUAAGGCAUCCAAAUAUUUUAAAAAUGUAUGGCUAUUUCCACGAUGACAAAAGAGUCUACUUAAUUCUGGAAUAUGCUCCAAAUGGAGAAUUAUUUCAAGAGUUGAAUGCCCAACCAGAAAAACGUUUUGACGAAGUUAGAACAGCAACUUAUAUAUCUCAAUUAGCAGAUGCCUUAAAAUAUUGUCAUAGUAAAAAUGUCAUACACCGUGAUAUCAAACCUGAAAAUUUAUUACUUGGAAUAAAGGGUGAAUUGAAAAUGGCAGAUUUUGGAUGGUCCGUUCAUGCUCCUUCUUCUAGGAGAAAUACGUUAUGUGGCACUUUAGAUUAUUUGCCACCUGAAAUGGUUCUUGGAAAAACGCAUGAUCAUACUGUGGAUUUAUGGGGGCUUGGUGUUCUUUGUUAUGAAUGUUUAGUUGGUACCCCACCAUUCUUAGCUAAAACUUAUGAAGAGACAUAUGUAAAAAUCAAGAAGGCCCAGUAUAAGUUGCCAGACUAUGUUAGUGAAGGUGCUAGAAAUUUAAUAUCUAGGUUAUUAGUUGUUGAUCCAGAUCGAAGGCUACCAUUAGAGGAUGUAUUAAAACAUCCAUGGAUUGUAAAAAAUCGAACUACAGAACCACAUGUUCAAUGAUGAAUUAGUACGUUUUAAUAAUUACUAUACUGUGUUUUACAUAAA